AUGCCUGAGCAAAGGCCGACAGCAUCUGAUUCCUUUGACCCGAUGGGCUUUGAGAAACGCUGUCGAGAGUCGGUGUCGUCGGGAAGAAGGAGGGACUGGAACGAGCGUCCUGAAGGCGUGACUUGUUUUGUUGAAAGGGAGAGGAGACGAGAAGGAGAAACGACAGAUUUGGGGGGGCGGUCGACAGGCAGGACGGGGGGUGGAUGGGCAGAGGCAGCAAGAGACCCAGGUCGCUGCACGCCGUCAGGUACCGGGUUGGGAUACGAAGAGGUGCAGCACCGGCGAGGUACCGGUGCGACUAACAACGGGCUUAUCCAGCGAUGUAUUCAAUAG